UGAAUUCCCUUUAAAGCUGGUAUCACUGCCCAGACUCUCAGAUGCUUCGCAUUAUAGAAAGCUGUUUUCAAGUGCUUGCAACACUCCUAAGAUUUCCACUCUCUUGUCUUGCGAUUCAGCUACCAUUUUUCUGGCAGAUGUUUCUGGCUGGAUGACUUUUAUUUAAAGUUUUGGCUGAGGUGACGUUCACAUGAUAGAAGCAGAUGUUCUUCUUCGUGGUGGCAAGGGAGGAAAUGGAGAGCCUAUCAUGGCUCAUCCACCUGAAACAGACAGUGACAACACAUUGCAGGAAUGGCUAAAAGAGAUUGUCAGCACAAAUAAAGGCAUCAAGCUGGAUUUUAAGAGAUAUGUACUACACAUUUCCCAUCUUCAGUCAGAGGUGUCUCGUCUCCCCCACGUGUACAGCCUAGAAGCCGUACGGCCUUCCCUGCAGCUUCUUGAGCAUGUGAAGCAGCAAUUGAGGCGACCUGUGUGGAUCAAUGCGGACAUCCUACAGGGACCUAAUGGAAGGAAUUCUGUAGUGGAUGCAAAAGGGUUCCUCGACGCUGUCAUUUCAUCUUUCCCAAACGUAACCUUAUCACUGGGAUGGACAACUGGCUGGCACCCUGACAAACACAAUGAAGGAUAUGAUUGGAUGAUGGUGAAAGAAAUGGCUCAGAUAUGCAGUGCACUUCCCCAGCGUGUAACUUUCCCUGUAAGAGCAGCAUUAGUUCGACAGUCAAUAUCUGAGCUCUGCUGGUUAAUGCAGCAGUCGGAUAGAUACAGCCUCACUGUUUGGACAGGAAAGGAAGAUGUGUAUUCUGUAGAAGAUUUGCUUUACAUCCGAGAAAACUUCGAUAAAAGUAGGGUGUAUUACGACAUCUUCGAGCCACAAAAUUCUGAAUUCAGAAAAGCCAUAGGAGUAGAAUAGUAGAUACAAAGCAGGCAAUCUCUAACCUUGUAAUACUUAGUAUCUUUAAACAUGAAGAUUUCUUGUUCAAGGAAGUGUAUUUUCCUUCCCAAAAGAAUUGUAUAGAACACAGCUGUGGUUAUUGGAGGAGUUUUUGCGUAACACUUUACUCAAAGGCUUCUCAAAUAGACAUUUAAUACCAACUUUAAUAGGUCAGAGUUGUUACUUACUCACCAUAUGUACAUUCAUUCACCCAGUGGCAUGUAGUAAAGGCUACUCAAAUAUACUAGUUACCUAAAUAUACUAGUACUUCUUUCCUGCAAGUAUGUAAAGAGGAGAAUGACCCCAGCUGAUAGUUGUGGACCACAGUAGUUUGCUCCUUACUGCUUUUGUGUAAGACAAAGUCUGUGGGACAGUCAAUGUCUACCAAAGCCUGGUUUUGCCUUUUAUAGGGGAGGAUGAGAGUCAAGACUGUAUUAAGUACAGAACUUGCAGUUCCCAAAGGGGUUAUUUUGUAGCUUAUCUUGAUACAUGACAUUUUUAAUGCCAUUGCAACUGAUAAUGCUUUCACUCCUAGUCAACAGAAGAUACUGUUUGCUGGAUGUGGAGAGUGGGAUCCAUGAUGCUAGACAUUCCGGGGAGAAAGAAUGGUUAUUUGUACUGAAUUAAAACAAAUCAGUUUCUCUGCAGUGCAGUAAUAGUACAUGCCACACCAUGGCUUGCUUCCGUGCUUUCUUGAGCCAUCAGCAGCAUAGUCCUUGGAUUGUGAGAAGUCUGAGCUGGAGUUGUAGCUGUGCUGCAGGAGUUGCUGGGGCAAACAGAACCCCCAAAACGAAGAACAGUCCAGUUCUGUACAUUAGAGCACAAAGAUGGAUUACAGUGAGGUAUGCAUCAGAGAGCAUCAAAAGAGAUAAAGUGUUUUGUAAGAAAGAAGUACUGGUGGUUCUUUCAGGAGUUUGAAACUAAAUAUAGCAGGAGGAAUGUAAAAUGUAAAAUGUUCUGCAGCCUUUCUGAAACCAGUAUGUACAAAGCAAACCUUCUGAAACUAGGAAUGAAGUAACUGUACAGUGAUUAGUGUUUACAGCAAAAAUUGUACAUUUGCAUGAUAGCACAGUUUUUUCCUACAUUCUCCUGGUUUGAGCAUCUUUUUAACACUCAGAAUAAAAAUUCACAGAUUUUCAAAACUUGAACUUCUCUUUGAGCAAAACUAAAAUCAUUGCAACCAUGCUUAUCACCUGCAGGAAGAGUCCAACCUAUUUAAUUUUAAGCAGUUUUGCCUCUUUUGCUUCUGCAUCUCUUAAAAUUAAUACAGAUACUGAAAUCUCUGCAGAUUGAGAUAACAAGGUGUGUGGUGUUGCCUUCUGCCUAACAUUACAAAGGCUUUUUUCAAAACAUCAAGAGGAGAUUUUGGUUCCUAAAUGAAAGCUGAUCCUGUGAAGAGUCUUUAUUACCCUGUUAUCUUCUUGUCCUCCUUUUCCCAUUCCUCUCACAUGCUUUUCAAAGGUAUUGUGUUAACUUUGAUGUUUGACACAACACUGGACAGGCUAUUAAUAAUGAAGAAUUAAUUACAGCAAUUUUUGGUUCUUACGUAGCAUUAGUACAACUGUGAUAAAAAAGUUAGUUGUAUUUAUUAAUCCCGAGUCUUGAAAUACAGUGAUUUCAUGCAGUCAUUACAAUUCAGGAUUCCUGGUUGUUACCUAUGCUUGUUCACCAGGUUUAGCUAAUAAUUGUUUUAUUUUCUUGAGGAGUAGAGCUUUCAUCAUUUUUGUCAACUACUAAGAUACAAUAUACUUGGAUAAAUGAGGAAAUAUUUUCCAAAAUAAGGGAGAAAACUAUCUAGUUGUACUUGGAAUAGUUACUUUAAUUUACACAAUCAGUCAGCAUGAAUGGCAGUAACCACCAAAAGGUCACGUUUUGCAGUGUGAUUAUUUUUAAUUAAUUGGGACAAAUUAAUUAUUUUUAGUUCACUGUGACAACUUGAUGUGAUUUGAACAGAUUUAACCUCUCCGUUCUUUAUAGCAUCUCUUAGAGCUUUGCAUGCACACUUUGCUAACCAUGGGAGGAAGAGAGAUCAAGCGUUCCCUAACUGGUCAUAACUAUGGAAAAAAAUUUAAAUACUUAAAGGACCUUUUUCUAACCCAGAUCAUUUUCACUAAAACAGGUUCAGGAGCUAUUGUGUGAACAGGUGUGCUAGCAGAUCUGAUCAUGCAUCUUUUUAAUGGAUAAUGACCCUUUCACAUAAUUCCCCAUCAGGGAGAACAGGAUCUAUGAAUAACCAAAGGUCCAGUUAAACCAAAGUUACAGACUUGCUUUGACUCUAUAGUACACACAAUAAACUAAUAGGAAGUAAUACAGUUCAGAGAUUUUCUGGGAUAUUCCAUUGAACAAGAAGCACUUAGGAGACAUCAGCCAGCUUUUCGAAUCAAAUGCAAUGUAGCUGCAUUAGCCAGAAUGAGUCAGGCAGGUGUCUGAAAAACAGAAUUUGCUUUUGUGGGACAUAAAGAAAACAGCUUGAGGACACAUUGCUGUAGCCACAUUCAUUUAUUGAAUGAAAGGUGCCAUUAAAAACUGCUGAGUUUUUUGUAUUAUUCUUCUUGAACACUUGACUAGUUCUAGGCUUAGUCUAGAUUUCUUUUCAAAAUACUGCUGGUCCUUCAGAAGCAGCAAUACUUUCUAGCCAUACGUUUAUUUCUAAUAAAGACACGUGUAUAUCGUUGUCUUUUUGUUCCACAAUUUAUAUAAACGUGUAGGACUGGAAUGGACUCCUAGAUCUUGUUUCACCUCCCUGUUGCAGGCAGUUACAUUUAUUGACUUAAGGGAUUUUGUCUUUCAGUUGGUUACACCUUUUGUGUCCACACUGGCAAACUUUUGUGUUAUCGAGAAACCUUUUUCCCACUUAGCAGUUCCCACCUGAAGAAUUAGGAUUUGUUAAAACUGGUUGAACUACACAGUAAAAAACAUCAGCAAUUGCCAGAAUUAUUUUCAAGGGUGCAGGCAUUGUGGAAGAAAUAUCACUAAGUAAUACAUAUGGAUACAACUAAACAGGAAUAUUCAGAU